AUGCCGCUCACGAGAAAAGCUCUCUUGAUCGGGGUGAAGGAGACCUUACAACCCCAGGCUGAAAAACUCCCUGGAACACACAAAGAUGUGAGAGCAAUGAAAAAUCUGCUCAUCGCCACAUACCAAUAUCAAGAGAGAGAUAUCAUUACGUUGCUUGAUUGCCACGAUACUCAUCCUAAGGAUCGACAUCCGACUCGGGAGAAUAUUCUUAGAGAGUUGCACGCCCUUGUUGAAGAUGCCCAACCUCGAGAUCAUCUGUUCUUUUACUACGCCGGGCAUGUCGAGCAGCAAACAACCGACGAUCCUAAAGAAGAGGACGGCCUUGAUGAAUUUAUUGUACCAUGCGAUUGUGAUGGAGUGGAGAAUGCGAUUCAGGAUGAUAUGCUCAGGGAGAUUCUAGUCGAAAGUUUACCAGCGCAAUGUAAACUGACUGCUGUCUUUGAUGCUUGCCACUCUGGAACCUUGCUAGAUCUCGAUCAUUGGCGCUGUAACCGUCGUAGGGCCAAAGUUCCUUUCCUUCCUCAGUUCCAUCUGAAAGAAAAACACUCUCUGCGAAAUAACAAUGGCAAACAAACAAGUCAACAGGGUUUGGCUGUUUACGAAAAUCUACGCACCAAUGACACUCAAUUCACUCAGUCUAAGACUACUCUCCCAAUAUCAUUGAGGAGGACUGUGAACGUCGAGAACAAUCAAGCCUUCCCCUCCCGAACACCUACUGCUACUUCUGCGAAAGUUUGGCGCAUACUGCGAAAAACUCGCACUACAUUGAGCAUCAGCGCUGUCAGUAAUAGCCUGAAUUUUCUUCGAAGGCGAAACACCAGCCCAUACAACAACUCAAAUUUAGUUGUACAAACGCAGAUUCAACCUGCUACUACGACGCAGAAACACUCAGUUCCACUGCGGAAACCUACUCGACUAGGGUCACUUGAUAUCCCGAUUCCUAGAUGUGCCAGUCCGAUUCAAUUUUGUGAUGGAGAUUGCCAUGAUCGGGAUGAGUAUAUCUAUGAUGGACCAUUGGUGAUUGCUCUGUCAGCAUGUACGGACGCUCAAAGGGCUUGGGAAUCUGAGGAUCAGGGCACGCUAACCAAGACCUUGGUGGAUUUACUACGUUUGUUACUUAUUCUGUCUCAGAUUGCAUCUACGAUGAUGGAUAAUCUUGGGUUAAUUCUUCCUCCUCCCUCAUUCACUUCGAGCUCACAAGCAAGUCAUGAAACUAGUCGUCGAAUCCACCACGCCAUAGUGAAUACUUACCACAAGGAGACACUAAAGUACAAGAAGCAGCUAGCAAAAUGGAAACAAAAACACCCUUCCCAAGCGAGUGAUCAACCUCUUGAUGAAGGGCAAUUGAAUAUGGACGAAACUCAGGAUCCACAGUUGUCUAGCUUGAGACCUUUAGAGAUGAGUGCAGAAUGGGCUCCAUAA